AUGACAGACACAGUGGCACGUAUGUUUGAUCACAGGUACCCGAUAUGAAUGGAGAAUGAGGCUUUUUGAGGGGGAGGCCCUUUAGAGUUCCCCAGUAGGAAAACAGAAUAUGGGACCUUACAAACACGGCCUCCACAUGAAGAGUGCUGGGGCUGGGGCUGGGGCUGGGGCUGGGGCUGCCCUCCCUUGCCCUCUCUCUCCCCCAGACCUACCGUCUCCACCUCCACCCUCUACCUUCCCCCUGUCCCUCUCUGCCCGUCUCUGUGGGACUGGAGCAGAGGUAAAGGGGCUCCCUGUCCCCCAGCCUAGCGCUACACCAGUCCAGCACUACUUUCCUCUCCACUACACACAGGAGCCAGAGCUGGAGCAGUCUGCCCAGCCGUGCUUUACCUCAGUCAUCGCAUCAGGCCAUGCUACUGACGACUGCCUGCCUGACGUACUUUCUUCAACUGGACAAUCUUUUUCCACCACUCACUUAAACUCCAACUAGUCAUUUAAACUGGUCACAGAUUACAUCAAAUGUAUUGAAUGUAUAAACAUAGUAUUAGAAGAAAAUAAAUCCAAUCCAAUACUUAGGUCCAAUGUUCUAAUAGUGCUGCAUCAGAGAAAAGCUUUUCUCUCCCUCUGCACCUGUUUAGAGAAAACAUCCCCAAACAUCAGAGUGUGAAGGAAUGAGCCCAGGCUAAGACCUCUUUAGACAAGAUAAUGCCCCCCUAAUUCCACCUCGGUGCUGCUGAAUAGCCCCCUCUCCCGUGCCAAUGGAACCGUUGCUAUACCGAGGCUUACUCUCCCAAAGCCCUGGGCCAAUAUUAACAAUGGGGGCUGGGCUAGCAAAAACACUUUGUGCUGGUUUUGAGCUCUCCUGACUCUCCUGUGCCUCACUACACUGUGUUGAGAAGCAGGGUGUGGCCUUCGCGCUAUAGUAAGGCCCUCUGGACCAGAACACUGAGAUGAAAUCAGGACAAAGGACAGCACACACAGGCACACCUGACCUGACGUGACCCUCCACACCUGGUGACCUGAGGUUCCAUCAGACAACAGAGAUGUUGAUGCUAUGUAGAGCAGACAGAGUGGACAAUUAGCUUAGUCUCUACUCUGUGGUGUUCACAGUGCUUCUAGAAAACUUUUACAUCUCACUAUUUGUCAUUUACAGAUAGAAACUCAAUGUUCUUAUUUAAAAUGUAAAUAGAUCCGGUCUGUUAUUUUACACAAGAGUUGUUACAAUUCAUCUGUGAAUGUUUUAAUGUGUGAAUCAUUAUUACCUGCGUACCACACACAGUUGUUGACAUGAGGUUAAUCAAAACACGGUUGGUUAGGUAAGUGUGUGUGUGUGUGUGUGUGUAUGUGCAUAUGUAUGUGUAUGUUUACAGUAUAUACAGUUCAUUCCGAAAGUAUUCAGACCCCUUGACUUUUUCCACAUUUUGUUACGUUACAGCCUUAUUCUAAAAUGUAUUAAAUAAUUAUUGUUCCUCAUCAAUCUACACACAAUACCCCAUGACAAAGCGAAAACAGAUUUGUUGAUAUUUUUGAAAAACAUAAACACCUUUACGUAAGUAUUCAGACCCUUUGCUAUGAGACUCGAAAUUGAGCUCAGGUGCAUCCUGUUUCCAUUGAUCAUCCUUGAGAUGUUUCUACAACUUGAUUGGAGUCCACCUGUGGUAAAUUCAAUUGAUUGGACAUGAUUUGGAAAGGCACACACCUGUCUAUAUAAGGUCCCACAGUUGACAGUGCAUGUCAGUGCAAAAACCAAACCAUGAGGUGGAAGGAAUUGUCCGUAGAGCUGAGCAAUCGGGGGAGAAGGGCCUUGGUAGAGUGGCCAGACGGAAGCCACUCCUCAGAAAAAGGCACAUGACAGCCCGCUUGGAGUUUGCCAAAAGGCAGCUAAAGGACUCUCAGACCAUGAGAAACAAGAUUCUCUGGUCUGAUGAAACCAAGAUUGAACUCUUUGGCCUGAAUGCCAAACGUCACGUCUGGAGGAAACCAGGCACUGCUCAUCACCUUGCCAAUACCAUCCCUACGGUGAAGCAUGGUGGUGGCAGCAUCAUGCAGUGGGGAUGUUUGUCAGCGGCAGGGACUGGGAGACUAGUCAGGAUCGAGGGAAAUAUGAACGGAGCAAAGUACAGAGAGAUCCUUGAUGAAAACCUGCUCCAGAGCGCUCAGGUCCUCAGACUGGGGCGAAGGUUCACCUUCCAACAGGACAACGACCCUAAGCACACAGCCAAGACAAAGCAGGAGUGGCUUCGGGACAAGUCUCUGAAUGUCCUUGAGUGGCCCAGCCAGAGCCCGGACUUGAACCCGAUCUAACAUCUCUGGAGAGACCUGAAAAUAGCUGUGCAGCGACGCUCCCCAUCCAACCUGACAGAGCUUGAGAGGAUCUGCAGAGAAGAAUGGGAGAAACUCCCCAAAUACACAGCUGUGCCAAGCUUGUAGCGUCAUACCAAAGACGACUCGGGGCUGUAAUCACUGCCAAAGGUGCUUCAACAAAGUACUGAGUAAAGGGUCUGAAUACUUAGGUAAAUGUAAUAUUUCCGGGGUUUUUUGUUAUAUAAAUUAGCAAAAACAUCUAAAAACCUGUUUUUGCUUCGUCAUUAUGGGGUAUUGUGUGUAGAUUGAUGAGGAUUUUUAUUUAUUCAAUCCAUUUUAGAAUAAGGCUGUAACGUAACAAAAUGUGGAAAAAGUCAAGGGGUCUGAAUACUUUCCGAAUGCACUGUGUAUGUGUGUGUUAGCUCAGUCAGCAGUGGACUCUGGGUUAGAAUAGGUUCACUGUGUAUUCCUGUGGGUCGUGCCAGAGGAUCGGCCCAAACAAAGCAGCGCUCUCUCUCAGCCUUGUCCGUUUGACUGCCUGCCUGCGCAGUUUAGGUUAAAGGCAGUUAAUUGGUUUCCUGCUCAGGGUUACGUCAACACGCUUACGUCAACACGCUGUCUUGUUUUAAACAGUGUGGAAACUUGAGAGAAGCAACAAUAUGGCACUGUUUGCUCACCCCUGCCUCCCAAAGCCAGUUAGAAUAAUACCAGAGCUUGCCUGCUUAUCAUUCCCAUAGAGUUGUAAGACUUCAUACGCUCUGAAAUCCAAACACACAGCAGUUUAAACACUCCACUGAUCGCCAAGCAGAAUAAUACAGUGUCACACAGAGCGGUCCUGAACACUGGUCACUUUAAUGUUUCCCACUUCAUAUGUGUAUAUACUGUAUUCUAGUCAUGGCUCAUCCUAUAUAGCUUAGUGGGUAAGAGUGUUGUGCCAGUAACCGAAAGGUCGCUGGUUCUAAUCCCCAAGCCGACUAGGUGAAAAAUCUGUCGAUGUGCCCUUAAGCAAGGCACUUAACACUAAUUGCUCAUGUAAGUCGCUCUGGAUUAGAGCGUCUGCUAAAUGACUAAAAUGUAAAUAACUACUGCUGUACACACAUUUUCUAUUCAUAUACUGUCUUUACACACACACACAUUCCAGUCUCUGACAUUGCUCGUUCUGAUAUUUCUUAAUUUAGAUUUUUCUGAAUUGUGUGUAUUUUCUGUUUUUACUGUUAGAUAUUACUGCACUGUUGGAGCUAGAAACACAAGCAUUUAUAAUAAUAAUAUAAUAUGCCAUUAUAGAGACCUUUUAUCCAAGCGACUUACGUGUGCGUGCAUCAUUUUUUGUGUAUGGUGGUCCGGGAUCGAACCCACUACCUUGGCGUUACAAGCGCCGUGCUCUACCAGCUGAGCUACAGAGGACCACAUUUCACUGCACCUGCGAUAACAUCUGCAAAUCUGUGUACACGACCACUAAACUUUGAUUUGAUCCUGUUGGAGCUCAAAGCAAGGCAAAUAAAUCAGAGAGAUCCUCCAGCAGUUUGCACUCAUCCUUAGACCCCAUGUGAUUUACAAUAACUGACCACUAGAUUUAUGUGGCAAUAUAUAAAGGAUACUUUGUGGUAAUGGCAGGGGGUAGGAGAACUCUCUUGUCUUGGACCCAUUGCUUUUAUAUUGGCUUUGUUUCCCCUGUACAGUGACAAGUAGAUUAUUUUUCAGCAAUAUUAAAUUUUUUAAAGACUACAUGAACACCCAAAUUUGAUGUUUUUUUAGAUACUAGAGUAUUUUGUUGUCUUCCACAGUCCUACGGUCAGAUGUAUUCAGACUGGGAAUUAAUAGUCCUAUGAAUCUUAUAAGCUCUCUCUUUUGCUGUGAAAUUAUUUUCAUACUCCCUACAUGGGUGUAAAUCACAGAGGCUAACCCUCAGUCAAUGACUGACUCUGUUUUUCAGAUGACACAGCAGCGAGCCAAACCGACGCUCCACCUGCCGUAUUGGAACCCAAUGCUGAGCUCACCCAGCUUGACCCUACAGGAGAGCCCUGGGGUGAAUAGCACACUGCUUCACUUCACUACAUUAUAGCCCUACAUGUUAUCAUCGGAAUGUUAUUGAAGUCUGUGUUAUCCUUCAUGAUGUAUCAUCUCUGCAGUGAAGCCUCGGUUUAGCCAGCCCACUAAGAUGCGCAGGCGGGUGCUGUACAAGCCGGUGGGGAGCUCAGUGAGGUUCAAGUGCCAGGCCAGCGGCACCCCUCCCCCCGUCAUCACCUGGUGGAAGGACCAGACUCCUCUGCCACCCCCGCGCCAGGGCAAGCGCCCCCAGUGGACCCUCACCCUGAAGAACCUGCAGCCCCAGGACAGUGCCAAGUACACCUGCCACGUCUCCAACCCAGCCGGGCACAUCAACGCCACCUACAAGCUGGAUGUCAUCGGUAAGGAUGGGUCACUGCACUGGCCAACACCACUAAACACCACCAACAUCACCAACUUUCAGCAUGCUUAUAGGGAAGGACAUUCAACAAGCACAGCCGUUACACAAAUGACUGAUGAUUGGCUGAGAGAAAUUUAUGAUAUAAAGAUUGUGGGGGCUGUUUUGUUAGACUUCAGUGCGGCUUUUGACAUUAUCGAUCAUAGUCUGCUGCUGGAAAAACGUAUGUGUUAUGGCUUUACACCCCCUGCUAUAUUGUGGAUAAAGAGUUACCUGUCUAACAGAACACAGAGGGUGUUCUUUAAUGGAAGCCUCUCCAACAUAAUCCAGGUAGAAUCAGGAAUUCCCCAGGGCAGCUGUCUAGGCCCAUUACUUUUUUCAAUCUUUACUAAUGACAUGCCACUGGCUUUGAGUAAAGCCAGAGUGUCUAUGUAUGCAGAUGACUCAACACUAUACAUGUCAGCUACUACAGCGACUGAAAUGACUGCAACACUUAACAAAGACUUGCAGUUAGUUUCAGAGUGGGUGGCAAGGAGGAAGUUAGUCCUAAAUAUUUACAACUCAAAGCAUUGUAUUUGGGACAAAUCAUUCACUAAACCUCAACUAAAUCUUGUAAUAAAUAAUAUGGAAAUUGAGCAAGAUGAGGUGACUAAACUGCUUGGAGUAUCCCUGGAUUGUAAACUGUCAUGGUCAAAACAUAUUGAUACAACAGUAGCUAGGAUGGGGAGAAGUAUGUCCAUAAUAAAGCGCUACUCUACCUUCUUAACAGCACUAUCAACAAGGCAGGUCCUACAGGCCCUAGUUUUGUCACACCUGGACUACUGUUUAGUCGUGUGGUCAGGUGCCACAAAAAAGGACUUAGGAAAAUUGCAAUUGGCUUAGAACAGGGCACCUGGACACCCAUGCAUACCCCACAAGACAUGCCACAAGAAGUCUCUUCACAAUCCCCAAGUCCAGAACAGACUAUGGGAGGUGCACAGUACUACAUAGAGCCAUAACUACAUGGAACUCUAUUCCACAUCAAGUAACUGAUGCAAGCAGUAAAAUUAGAUUUAAAAAACAGCUAAAAAUACACCUUAUGGAACAGCGGUGACUGUGAAGCAACACGAACAUAGGCACAGACACAUGCAUACACACACACGAUAACAUACGCACUAUACACACACAUACACAUGGAUUUUGUGUACAACCAACAACACCAAACACCACCAACACCAACAACAACACACCAAACACCACCAACACCAAUACCACCAACAACACUACCAACACCAACAACACCACCACCACCACCAACAACAACACCAAACACUACCAACAACACCACCAACAACACCAAACACCACCACUACCAACAACAACAACACCAACAACAACAUCACCAAACACCAUCAACAACACCAACAACACCAACACCAAACACCACCAACAACAACACCAACACCAACACCAACAACAAUACCACAACCAACACCACCAACAACACCACCAACACCAACAACAAUACCACCACCACCAACAACACCACCACCAAACACCACCAACCACCAACAACACCAAACACUACCAACACCAACAACCCCACCAUCACCAACCACCACCAACCCCACCAACACCAAACACCACCAACACCACCACCAGGACAAAUCAUUUUUCCUUUUCCUCCAUCGUUUUACACCACACUCCAUUUAUACCCCAAGCCUCUCUUAUGUUUCCAAGGUAAUUGUGCUUAGUGUGUUGUCAAUAUGAUUCACAUGCUUAUGAACUCCUGUCCUUCUCCCUACAGAGCGCUCUCACUGCAAGCCUGUUCUGACCGGCACCCACCCGGUCAACACCACUGUGGAGUAUGGCGGCACCGCCUCCUUCCAGUGUAAGGUCCACAGUGACGUGAAGCCCGUGGUCCAGUGGCUGAAGAGGGUGGACCCAGGCACAGAGGACCGCUAUAACUCCACCCUGGAAGUCGGAGGGCAGCAUUUCGUGGUUCUGCCCACAGGGGAUGUGUGGUCCCGGCCCGACGGCUCCUACCUCAACAAGCUGGCUAUCGUCAAGGCCCGUGAUGAGGAUGCUGGGAUGUACAUCUGCCUGGGAGCUAACACUAUGGGUUACAGCUUCCGCAGUGCUUACCUCACCGUGCUGCCAGGUGAGUACAGCCAUUCACUCUGAACUGUAGAAUGGGACUUUACUGGGAUGGAAUGGCAGGGGGUUAUUCUUGUUAUAUAUUGUCUUAUAACACUUCAGAAAGCUUGGAUCUGUAGCGCUGUCACUGAUCUCUCCACUGUUGUAUGUCCAGACCCUCAGGUGGAGAACACAGUGACUCCUCCACACCUGAGCUCCGGCCUGCCCUGGCCUCUGAUUAUCGGCAUCCCUGCAGCAGCCCUCCUCAUCGUAGGCACCAUUGUACUCUGGCUGUGCCACAGCCGCCGACGCCACAACACCCUGCCCCCACGCCCGAUGACCAUGGCCCACCGAGACCACCACAUCUCGGACAAAGAGCCCAGCACCACCACCCCCUGUAGUGCCCUGACUAGCCCUGACUACCCCAGCCAGAGACUGGUGGGCCUGGGAAGCCCCGGCCUCAGUGGACCCCCUAAGAUCUACUCCAACAUUUACACAGACAUGCACACGCACACACACUCCCACGCCCAUGUGGAUGGUAAGGUCCAUCAACACCAGCAUUUCCACUACCAGUGCUAACCAGCCCCCUCUCAUCCCACCCCACACCUAGCCACUGCUGCUAUUCUCACCCAACAAUGGACUAUGAGCAAGGUAGAUGGAAACAAGGAAAGGCUUGUAGUUCAUAUGAACUACACCUCCCAUGAUAAGCAAUGCUAAAACACCAUACAGUGGCAAAACCCUUACCAGGUUGGAUCCUGGGAUACGCAUAUUACUAAGCUGCCUGCUUUGGAGGAAUACUACUUCAUUGAGAAGUCUCAGGGCAAGAAAUACCCUCUCACAUGUGAGUCAUUUCUUUGUUAUGUGUUUUUUUUAUACCAGUCAACCAAGAUCAAACUCUAAUUGUAUUUUAAAGGAUGAAAAUAUGACUUUAAAAAUACGAUUUAGAUGUCUUUGGAUAUAUAAUAAUAAUAUGCCAUUCAGCAGACACUUUUAUCCAAAGCG